AUGGACUCGCCCGUCGCCACCGCGGAGCUCAGUUACGAGUCGGGCAAGACGCUUAUGGCCAAAGGUCCGCAAGUGUUGCACGACGUCAUGGCCACCAAGAUCCCUGCUGCAACGGGACGUCCUCUACCGGAGAUGGAAGUGCGCUUCAGUAACCUCUCUUUAUCGGCCGACAUCGUGGUAGCCGACGACCAUGCCACUAAGUACGAGCUUCCUACGAUCCCAAACGAGCUCAAGAAGACGCUUAUGGGUCCCAAGAAGCUCACAGUCCGUAAGGAGAUCCUCAAGAAUGUCAGUGGUCGCUUCGCUCCGGGCAAGAUCACGUUGCUAUUGGGUCAGCCGGGCUCUGGCAAGUCGGCCCUUAUGAAGAUUCUAAGUGGUCGAUUCCCUAUGAGCAGAAAUAUUACUAUGGAGGGGGACAUCUCCUUCAACUCCGUCGCUCAUAAAGACAUCGUGGAUCGCUUGCCUCAGUUCGUGUCCUAUGUGAACCAGCGAGACAAACACUUCCCCACGUUGACCGUCAAGGAGACGCUCGAGUUCGCGCACACUUUCUGCGGUGGGAACUUGCUGGAACAGGGCAAAGGGAUGCUCGAGAUGGGCCAGCACCGCAGUACCGACGCCGACGCUCUGCAAGCCACUAAGAAAAUCUUUGCACACUACCCGGAGAUUGUGAUUCAACAGCUGGGCCUUCAAAUCUGUCAGGACACUAUAGUGGGUGACAAUAUGUUGCGUGGUGUGUCGGGUGGCGAACGGAAACGUGUGACGACUGGCGAGAUGGAGUUCGGCAUGAAAUACAUUUCGCUUAUGGACGAGAUCAGCACGGGGCUCGACAGUGCAGCCACGUACGACAUCAUCAGCACGCAACGUAGUGUGGCUCAUCGCCUACGUAAGACCGUGGUGAUCGCACUACUGCAACCGUCUCCCGAGGUGUUUUCCUUAUUCGACGACGUCAUGAUCUUGAACGAAGGGGAGCUGAUGUACCAUGGGCCUUGUAGCGAGGUGGAACUGUACUUUGAGACUUUGGGCUUCAAGUGUCCACCGGGGCGUGACAUCGCCGACUACUUGUUGGAUUUGGGUACAAAGCAACAGUAUCCUUACCAGGUGGCUAGUCACCCUACCAAACAGCCACGUAGUCCCAGUGAGUUCGCGGAUAGUUUCAGUCAAUCUCGGAUCUACCGCAACACUUUGGCGGCUCUGGAAGCUCCGUACGACCCGAAACUGGUCGACAGUGUCAAAGACAUCAUCGACCCCAUGCCCUUGUUCCACCAAUCAGUGUUCGCCAGUGUCUUGGCUCUCCAAUGGCGUGCGCUCUUGAUCACGUACCGUAACAAGGCCUUCGUGAUGGGCCGACUGAUGAUGGUACUUAUCAUGGGCUUACUGUACUGCACCAUCUUCUACGACUUCGACCCCACCCAAAUCGCUGUAGUCAUGGGUGUCAUCUUCGCUACCGUCAUGUUCCUAUCUAUGGGACAAGGUUCCAUGAUCCCCGUGUACAUCGCUGGGCGCGAUAUCUUCUACAAACACCGUCGUGCCAACUUCUUCCGGACGGGCUCCUAUGUCCUGGCAACUACCGUAAGUCAGAUCCCCUUAGCUUUAACCGAGACCGUCAUCUUCGGAUCCAUCGUGUACUGGGUCUGUGGCUUCGCGUCGGAUUUCAAGCUGUUCAUCAUCUUCGAACUGGUGCUCUUCUUGUCCAAUCUGGCGAUUAGGAUGUGGUUCUUCUUCCUCGCUGGCGCUCUACCGGAUGCUAACGUGGUGAUGCCGGUGGGGAUGUCGUCCAUCCUGGUGUUUAUUAUCUUCGCUGGGUUCAUUGUGACCAAGGCUCAGAUCCCGGAUUACCUCAUCUGGGCGCACUGGAUCAGUCCCAUUGCUUGGGCUCUCAAGGCCUUGGCUAUCAACCAAUACCGGUCCGAUGACUUUGACGUCUGCGUCUAUGGAGAUGUGGACUACUGUACGAAGUAUAACGGGAUGACUAUGGGCGAGUACUAUUUGGACCUGUUCGGCAUGGAGACGGAGAAGAAGUUCAUCGCGUACGCCUUCGUCUACCUCAUCGCCGUGUACGUGUUCUUCAUGUUCUUAUCGUACUUAGCGAUGGAGUUCAUCCGGUACGAGACUCCGGAAAAUGUCGAUGUGUCGGUUAAGUCGAUUGAAGACGAGAGCUCGUACGUUCUAGCUGAGACGCCCAAGGGGAAGACCGGGAACGCGUUAAUUGAUCUCCUGGUUGCAGCUCGUGAGCAGAACUUCGUACCGGUUACCGUCGCGUUCCAAGAUUUGCACUACUUUGUUCCGAAUCCGAAGAAUCCCAAGGAACAGCUCGAAUUACUUAAGGCGGGUAAAACGACGCUGAUGGAUGUGAUUGCUGGUCGUAAAACUGGCGGCAAAAUCACGGGAAAGAUCAUGUUGAACGGCUACGAGGCUUCGGAUCUGGCUAUUCGACGCUGUACGGGGUACUGUGAGCAAAUGGACGUGCAUUCCGAAGCGGCGACGAUCCGAGAAGCCCUGACUUUCAGCUCCUUCUUACGUCAAGAUGCCUCGGUUUCCGACGCCAAAAAAUACGAUUCUGUUACGGAAUGUAUCGAGUUGCUCGGACUGGAAGAUAUCGCCGACCAGAUCAUCCGAGGCAGCUCGGUGGAGCAGAUGAAGCGCUUGACUAUCGGCGUGGAGCUGGCUGCACAGCCCAGUGUCAUUUUCCUGGAUGAACCCACGAGCGGAUUGGACGCUCGCUCGGCAAAAAUCAUCAUGGACGGCGUCCGCAAGGUGGCCGACUCCGGACGGACCCUCAUCUGUACGAUCCACCAACCUUCGGCUGAAGUGUUCUACCUGUUCGACCGACUUUUGUUACUACAACGUGGUGGACAGACGGCGUUUUACGGAGAUCUGGGCGAGAAUUGCCGGAAUUUGAUCGAUUACUUUGAGAACAUCCCGGGUGUGGCUCCGCUUUCGGUUGGGUACAACCCGGCGACGUGGAUGUUGGAGUGUAUUGGCGCAGGUGUCGGACAUGGAACCGAAGACUUGAUGGACUUUGUGAGUUACUUUAAGAACAGUCCGUACAACCAGCAGCUGAAGACGAAUAUGGCCAAGGAAGGCAUCAUGACGCCGUCUCCGGAACUUCCCGAAAUGGUCUUUGGUAAGAAACGUGCUGCGGACUCGAAGACCCAAGCGAAGUUUGUGAUUUGGCGCUUCUUCCAGAUGUAUUGGCGUACACCGAGCUAUACGUUGACGAGGAUGUACUUGUCUAUCUUCCUGGCCAUGCUUUUCGGAUUGAUCUUCGUGACCAAUGACGAUUACGCAUCGUAUUCCGGACUCAACUCCGGAGUCGGAAUGGUCUUUAUGUCCGGAUUCUUCAGUUCUAUGGCAGUGUUCCAGAGUGUCAUGCCGUUGACGUGUCUGGAGCGAGAAUCAUUCUACCGUGAGCGUGCAUCGCAGACGUACAAUGCCUUCUGGUACUUCAUGGCGUCGACGCUAGCCGAGAUCCCGUACUGCUUUGUGAGCUCUCUGAUCUUCACUGCCAUCUUCUACUACUUCGUGGGCUUCACUGGCUUCGCUACCUCGGUCGUAUUCUGGCUUGCAUCGGCGCUUCUUGUGCUCAUGUUCGUGUAUCUGGGCCAGUUAUUCGCGUACGCCAUGCCGUCCGAAGAAGUCGCACAGAUCAUCGGAAUUUUGUUCAAUAGCGUCCUAAUGAUGUUUAUCGGAUUCAGUCCACCCGCGUACGCUAUUCCGUCGGGCUAUACGUGGCUGUACGACAUCUGUCCGUUCAAGUUCCCCAUCGCCAUCCUGGUCGCGCUGGUGUUCGCGGACUGCGACGAUGAACCGACUUGGAACGAAACUUGGCAGACGUACGAGAACGUGAACUCGCAGCUUGGCUGUCAGCCCAUGUUGGAUGCUCCGGAGACGGUGGGCCACAUCACGAUCAAGGGAUACACGGAGGAAUACUUCGGUAUGAAGCACCACCAGAUCGCCCGGAACUUCGGGAUCACGAUCGGAAUCAUUGUGCUCUUCCGUAUCUGGGCUGCUCUGGCGCUGCGUUUCAUCAACCACCAGAAGAAGUAG